AUGGCCAAGGUCAAUCAAAAUGCCUUUGAGCUCUGGAAGCAACACGUUAGUCAACCUCGUGUGGACAGUGAAGUGGCAGCCUGUCAACUACUGCGUGACACUCAUCCAGACUACCACGUCACCCGCACCGACCCAGAAAAGUCAGACUUGAUCGGGUACGCUGAGGCAGGCUUUGCCACCAAAACCCUUCAUCGUCCUGCGGACUAUGAUGCUACGCGCAGAUACAAGACUGCUGGUUCUAGUGCUUGCUCCAUUCCCGUUUUUUGGCCGUUCGACACCGUGCUGCCCGAGGCUGGCCCGGGGACAUUGGAAGAUGAGGUCCGCUUCGGCUGCUGGAAGUAUUCCUGGGAUGGCCACGAGUUCCUGGUGUACGAAGUUGGCUAUUUAGGCCAACACAAUAACCUCAUUAAGAAUCUAUACAUUUUGGCACCAGCGGGAGACUAUGUGCAAAAUGGAUGCCACGAGCAUACCGACGCUUUGAUCCUAGCUGCGGGGGCCUGGACGAAGGCCUUGCAUGAGGAGAUCUACGUCUUUGACGAUUCGUCAUGGCGUAAAUCUUCAUCCAUGUACCGAAGCGUACAAGGUGUCUCCUGGGAUGAUAUGAUCCAAGAACCUUCUAUGAAGGACGGCCUCCUGAAGGACGUUCUCUCCUUCUUCGCCUCUCGAGAGUCGUACGCAUCGAUGGGAGUCCCGUGGAAGCGCGGCGUGAUCUUACAUGGUGUGCCGGGCAAUGGUAAAACUCUCAGUAUCAAGGCUCUCAUCAACUCUCUGUCGGCUCUUGACCCGCCUAUUCCCGCUCUUGUUGUGAAAUCGUUUGACAACAGGUGCAACGGGCCAAAAUGGGCGAUGAAGAUCAUGUUCUCGCACGCACGCGCCAUGGCACCUUGUGUGCUCGUCUUUGAAGAUCUCGACAGUUUGGUUGAGGACGAGACACGGAGCUACUUCCUCAAUGAGGUGGAUGGUAUCGAAUCCAAUGAGGGCAUCUUGAUGGUCGGUUCGACAAACCAUCUUGGCAGGCUGGAUGACGCCAUCGCCAAGCGACCCAGCCGUUUUGAUCGAAAGUUCCAUUUCAAGCUUCCUGAGGAGCCGGAACGAGUCGCCUAUUGUCGACAGUGGGUUAAUAAGUUGGCCAAUAAGGACACCGUCGACUUUCCAGAUGAGCUCUGUGACGUAAUUGCAAAGCUGACCGAGGGAUUCAGCUUUGCGUAUCUCAAGGAGCUCUUUAUCUCUUCGUUGCUGGCUCUCAGCCAUGGUCAAAUGACUGAUAGCCACAACACUGAUGUCGAUGCGACUACGGCUAAUGGCUCGGCUGCCAAUGGUGACAAUGUUGACAAGUCCAAUGCCAUGAUUGAUGACAACGGUCUCGGUAACAAUAACGAUGUUAAAAACGUCGAUACAACCGGUUUGAAUGUCGCCAAAGACGAAGAUAUGGCCCUGGGAGAGGACGAUCUCGAGGCGGAGACGAGUGCGGAUAAAGACAAUGAGAAUGAGGAGAGUCCAGUGAAAGUUAAAACGGUUAUGCCAACCGUACAGAUCCCUGACCACUUGAAGAAUAAUAAACUUCUAAGGAUUGUCUCAAGGGAAGCAGAGGCGCUCUGGGACCAGAUGGAUAACUCUGUAGAGGAGGAAUAA